AUGAGCCUCAGUAAUGAGGAGAGGAGGACGCGAGGCUGGGAGCAGCGGGAAGGCCUACAAGAUGGGCGGCCACGGGUGCUGCUCGGCCAGCCCGCUCUGCCGACCGUAACCAUGCAGGCCGCCAUCAUGCUCAGACUCGUGUUAGUGUUAGUGCUGCAGUGCCUGUUGACUAAUGGGCAGGGGCCGGGGCCAGGGCCAGGGCAUGAGGGGGGCGUGGAGGACAAGCUGCAGGCACGGGCCGUUGACACCCGCGUCAAGUUCUCUGUGAUGGAGGGCAACCCGUCCAGCACCUUCGUGGGUGUCAUACCCCUCAAGUCUGGCUUCACCUACCGCUUUAAUGAGGCUCCCAAAGAGUUCACCCUCAACGGCACCACCGGAGAGAUUCGCACUACGGGCGUGCUGGACCGCGAGGCCCUCAACACCGACCGCUUUGACCUGGUGGUGCUGUCCUCGCAGCCCACCUACCCAAUCGAGGUCAGGAUCAACGUCAUCGACAUCAACGACAACUCGCCCAGGUUCCCAGAGCCGUCCAUCCAUGUCACCUUUUCGGAGAGUGCCAAUGCUGGCACCCGAGUCAUUCUCGAUACCGCUACUGACGGAGACGCCGGCGACAAUGAUAUCACCACCGACUACAAAAUUGUGGAUGGGAAUGAGGAUGGAAAAUUCAAAUUACAAGUAACAAUAAAUCCUUCAGGAGAAACUCCAUAUUUACAUUUGGAGACGACGGGCAAGUUGGACCGCGAGACCCGAGCGAGUUACCAGCUCAACAUCUCGGCCCAGGACGGGGGCGCUCCUCCUCGCUACGGUUUCUUGCUAGUCAACGUGUCAAUCUUGGAUGUCAACGACAACCCGCCCAUCUUUGAUCACAGUGACUACAUCGUGUCGCUUAAUGAAUCUGUGCCCCCAGGGACUUCUGUACUACAAGUACAGGCCACUGACAACGACGUGGGUGAGAACGCGCGACUCACCUACUACCUGGCCGAGACGGAAACACAGUUUGCCGUGGAUCCUGAGACCGGCGUAAUCAGCACGGUGGAGCCGCUCAGCUGCUACCAGAACUGUCAGCAGCUGCAACCGUGCCCCAAAAGUUGUGUCUUUACUGUGUUCGCUCGAGACCAUGGGUCGCCGCUCCAAGAUGGCCGCACUUACGUCACCGUCAACUUGCUGGAUGCCAACGACCAUGACCCGGUGGUCAACUUCAGGUACUUCCCCACUACAGCUGACUUUGCCACCGUCGACGAAAAUUCGCAAAAUGGGUCUGUGGUGGCAGCCGUGUCCGUCAUAGAUGCUGACCAAGGCCCUAACGGGGAGACUACAGUGGGAAUAAGAGCUGGCAACGAGCUCGGCCAUUUUAGACUCGAUUCCAGGUCUGGGUUUGACAUUGUGCGUGUAAGUGGUGUGCUAGACCGAGAAAAGAUUAGUAAAUACAAUGUUACAAUCGUGGCCACAGACAAGGGGACUCCACCUCGGUCGUCCACAGCUUUCCUUAUCAUCCACGUGAAUGACAUCAAUGACCACGAACCUGUGUUCGAGAAGAGCGAAUAUUCAGCGGUGCUCAGCGAAUUAGUUCCCAUCGGCACCUAUGUCGCAGGAAUUACUGCCAAUGACGAAGACACGGGCGUAAACUCCAACAUAUAUUACGCCAUUGUGUCCGGGAAUGACAACCAGUGGUUCGACAUAGACCUCCAGAGUGGCCUCAUCACUACGAAGGCGCCCCUAGAUAGAGAGGUGAAGGACUCCAUCGACCUCAAAAUCUCCGCCAGAGACGGCGGCCCCAGCCCAAAGAGGGCUUACACGCACCUUAAAAUUUCAAUAUUAGAUGAAAAUGAUGAGAGGCCGACCUUUGCCCGGGAGGUUGUCAACGUUAGUUUGUCUGAGAACACAUCGCCAGACACUCUUGUCACCUUGUUGCUGGCCGUCGACCACGAUCAGGGCACCAACGGAAGUGUCACUUACAUGUUCGACCAAGAGGUGGAACACAACUACCCUGGAAUAUUCGCCCUGGAUGUGUCUUCUGGUCGCCUUACCACCAAGACCAAAUUAGAUCGAGAAGCAAUGCCAGAGUAUGAAAUAAAAGUGGUAGCCAAGGACCAAGGAAUACCACCCUUGUCCUCCACAGCCACCGUGGUGCUGCAGGUGCAGGAUGUCAACGACAACAGCCCCGAGUUUUAUCCCCAGAAGUACUUCGUUGUGGUGCCAGAAGAUCUUCCUCUCGGCUCGUCCGUUGUUCAGGUGUCCGCAACAGAUAAGGAUGAAGGUGAAAACGCCGUCACUACUUAUAAACUGAAGGCAGACGAGGAAAAUGACAACACCUUCGAGAUAGAUCCAGAAACCGGCAUUCUGAGCCUUAGUGGACGCCUCAGUCACAUCAGGAAGGCUCAGUACCGCCUCACAGUCGCUGCAAGGGAUGCUGGGGACAGGAAGGCGGUGGAGGACGCCACUGUGGAUAUUGUGGUAGAAAGCAAUCAGAUUGAACUUCUAGAGUUUAAGCAAAGCGACGGCUUUGCUUUCUCACUUCCUGAGGAUGUAGCCAAGAAAGAGCCGUCAGUGGGGCGGGAAGUGGGCGUGGUGAAUGUGGUGAACCCAGCCUCUGUUGGGGAGGUAAGCUACGCCAUCAUUGCCGGCGAUCCAGACAAGGUCUUCACCAUUGAUGAGAAAACGGGUGUCAUCAGCACAGCACGACGGAUUGACCGCGAGCAGGCCGCCUUCUACAGCCUCCGGACAGUAGCUACCACAGCCUCGGCCUACGGGCGGACGUGGGUCAACAUUACAAUAGAGGACGUCAAUGACAAUCCACCAAAGUUCCCCAUCACUAGAGCCCACGCCACUGUGGCCGAAAACUGGCCGGUGGGCCAUCAAGUGUACCUGGCCCGAGCCUAUGACAACGACCAUGGCGAAAAUAGCAAAAUAUCCUACAAUCUUUCCAGUAACCCUGACGAAUAUUUCACCAUUUCGAGGACAAGCGGCAUGAUUUAUCUCAACAAGCCAGUCAAGUCCAGUAAAUCCAACGUUUUCCGCCUGGAAGUGGCGGCCACUGACGCAGGGACGCCUCCGUUGACGUCACGUCAGAUCGUCACCAUCACUGUGGAGGACGUCAAUGACCACACGCCCAUUUUCGAGCAUGGAUCAUACGAGACGUCUCUGCUCGAGUCCACUCCAGUGAAUGACAGAUUCUUCGCUCUCACUGCCUCUGACGAAGACGACGGCAUGAAUGGAUUCGUGUCCUACGACAUAACUGAGGGGAACGCAGAACGGAAGUUUGGAAUCUUUCCUGACGGCUACUUGUAUGUGAGGAGUGCCUUGGACCGGGAGGCGCAGGACUACUUCGCCCUGACCAUCGUGGCACGUGACCACGGCACUCCACCACGGUCCUCCACAGUGUCGGUCGUCAUUCACGUCAUCGAUGAGAACGACAACUCGCCAGUGUUUACUAACUCUACUUUCACUUUUUAUUUGGAUGAAAAUGAGCCUCCUGACACCUACGUAGGGAAGCUGACGGCUGCUGACAGGGACAAAGGCAGGAACGCAGAGCUUACUUACUCCAUUGCCACCAAUCAAAAUGACUUUGUGGUUGACCCUAAAAGCGGAUUUUUGAAAACAUUGCAUUAUUUUGAUCGUGAGGAGCUUGUACAGAGCACGGGGCUGGACUACAUCACCAUGGAGGCAGUGGUGCUGGACAAUGGCAUCACACGCCUCAGGGACAAGGCCAAGGUCAACAUCUAUAUCACCGACGUCAACGACAACCCUCCGAAGUUCCUGCGGAAGCCAUACAGGGCCCAGGUUCCCGAAGGGGCGCUCCUCAACACUAAGGUGAUUCGCAUCUCCGCCACAGACGACGACGAAGGCCUCAACGGGGAUGUGGUGUAUACGAUUGUCGACGGUAACGAGGAGGGGCGCUUCAAAGUGGAUGAAACGACUGGCCAAGUGACCCUCGCAAGACCAUUGGACAGGGAGUCCACACCUCGUUAUCUACUGACGGUGGCAGCCGCCGACCUGGGCAGCCACCCAGGCCUCACUGCCACAGCCACACUCACUGUGGACGUCCUCGAUGAAAACGACAACGCUCCAGAGUUCACACAGAGCGAAUCAGAAAUAUCCAUAGUGGAGACAACGCCUGUCAACACAGUGCUGAUUCAGUUUCAGGCGUCUGAUGCAGACCUGGGCGUGAACAAAGAGGUGUCUUUCAUGAUCGGCGGUGGCAACAUGCAGGAAGCCUUUCGCAUCGACACCAAGACGGGAACGCUGUACCUCGAGCGGCUGCUGGACUUUGAAAAGCAGAGUUUGUACCGCCUGAACAUUACUGCUGCAGACGGGGGCUCACCACGUCUUACCUCCACCAUAUCCUUCGUGGUGCACGUCCUCGACUACAACGACAACCCUCCAGCUUUCCCCAACACUGCCAUCUGGCGGCGAAUAGUGGAGGGCAUCGCGCCUAACACACCGAUUAUUACUGUAAAGGCAGAAGAUCCAGAUUCUGGUGACAACGGCAAAAUAAAAUACACCAUCAAAAGCCAGGAGCCACCCGGCAUGCACUUUGCCAUCAACGAGACUACUGGCAACGUCUCCACCUUGAAGAAUAUUGACCGGGAGUUUUCUGACACCUUCCGUCUCACCGUGGUGGCCAUGGAUCAGGCUGAGCCCAUCUCGGCCCGUCGGUCGGCGGAAAAGUUGGUAACAGUAAUAGUGCAAGACAUCAACGACAACGCCCCGCGCUUCGUGUCCAUGAACGCCGGCGUGCUGUACGAAGGCUCGCCGCCCGGCACAGAGAUAAUGCGGGUGUCGGCGCGAGACCUCGAUGCCAACACCAACGGUCUGGUGACGUACUCCAUGGUGUCAGGCAACAAGGACAUCUUUCGCCUGGACCGUGUCACGGGCGUGCUCUCCGUAGUGAAAGAAAUCAGUGACCCCAGCAUCAUGUACUCCGUCACUGUGCGGGCCACUGACGAGGCAGUACAGUCUCAGCGAAAGUCCUCGGACGCCUAUCUUACCAUCCUGAGCGCAUCGUCACAAGAGGGACCCAAGUUCACGCAGAACUCGUACUCGGGCUCAGUUCUUGAGAGCUCAGACAUAGGCACCUCCGUGGCCACAGUCAGUGCCCGCCUAGGCUCCACCCCCAGCACAGACAUCGCUUACUAUGUUGUGAAUGUGACGAGUGCUGACGGCCAGCCGAUGGACCGUAUGUUUACGAUGCAACAACAACAGCAAGGCGUGGUAGUCACCGCCUCUGUCCUGGACCGUGAGGACGGCCCCAGCAAGUACAUGGUGACCGUGGCUGCCGUCGUUACUCAGGGACACACGCCUCGGCUCUCCACCACACAGGUCAGUCACUACCACAUUUUAGUUGCUGGAAUGAAGUGUUAGUGAGAGGCGGGGCGCUUGUCUUGCCUUCACGGGUGAGGCAGUCACCCAGGUUUUGCUUGCUGUAAAGUGUCGUCGUAAAAAAA